AUUUACCUCUAAAAGCAGAUCCAUCGGUGGUCUUUUCAAUGUAUCAAGCUUCAAUUCAUGUUUCUGAGCAUCCUUUCUCCCAUGAUGAACUAGCUACCUAGCUGCCUACUACCAUCCUUGAGAACCCCAUUUUCCUCGUUUUUUAUGACGAUUUAAACAAAUAUGAGUCGUUUGUAUUCUGUAAUAGAAUGGGAGCAAUUGCAUGAUGCAUUUUAUCACAAGACUCCUCUCUAUACACUUCAAUGGGAUGGAAUUGAUCCAACGGAGUUGAUGACCGCUGUUUCUCCUAACGGCGGAGCAAUUGCUAUAACAAAGGAUGAGACGAAUUUGAAAAGUUAUAUGAAUAUAGAGAAGGUUGAGUUGUACUCCAUUUACAUAUUCUCACAAAGUGGAAAACUCUUGACGAAGAUUACGUGGGACAAGGUUUCUGUUGUUGGACUUGGUUGGACCAAGGAUGAAAAGUUGGUCAUCGUUUCUCGUAAUGGUUUUGCACGCGUCUACGAUAUGCAGGGUGAUUUUCAUCAGUUCUCACUUGGAAAGGAAGCGGAAAACAAGGGUUUGUCAGAGUGCAAGUUUUGGCCUUCCGGUUUCGUUGCUCGAUUAAACGGCGGCAUAUUUCUAUCUAUUACAAAUUACUCUGAACCAAGACGGAAAGUGCUGUACCAUGAUGACACGCAAGAUUUUGCGCAGGUGAAGCUUCCAUUAUGGGAACUCAUGCCUUCACAAUCAAUGGACCAACAAAUGGAUAUCCUGUUGUACAACGAAGGUCGCUUUAUAGUGAUUGACGAGCAAGCGUAUCAAACCUUCGGAGUGGAUACUGAUGGAGACAUAAUUGCCUUGGCCGUGUCGCCUAAUAAUCAUUAUGUGGCUGCUUAUACUUCAACGGAAACUGUAUAUGCGUUUAGCACUGGUAUGUACAAACAACUAGUUGCGCACAAACUGCCUGAUGUUCUGGCUUCUGGUUCUCUUCGACAACUUUUAUGGUGCGGCAACGAUUCCAUCGCUUUAAUUCAUUACAACCUCUUGACUCUUGUUGGUCCUUUUGGAGGAUCGGUGCCGUUCUUGCUUGAAGAAACACCAUUUGCAAUAUCUGAACUUGACGGUCUUCGGCUAAUAUCUCAAUCUCGAACAGAGCUCGUACGGAAAGUUCCCGACUCACUUUUUAAACUAUUUCGCGUGGGAUCCACAAGUCCCGGUGCAAAGUUAAUUGAAGCGUCUCAGCUGCUUAAGCAGAAAAACAUUCAUGGCGAAGCAUUACUUCUACAAUUAGGCAAACAACUUGAGGAUGCUGUGAAAGAUUGUGUGGAUGCUGCUGUCGACGAACAUAGUGUUGAAUGGCAGAAUGCGCUCCUGGAGGCUGCAUACCUUGGCGUAGAAAACUGUGCGAACUAUGAUCGCCAAAACUACGUACAGGUUUGUCAGGACCUUCGUGUUCUUAAUGCUCUUCGGAAACCGGAUAUAGCUAUUUACAUUACUGCUUGCGAAUACGCAAGUAUUGGCCUAGAGGCUGUAACCGAUAAAUUAGCCGCUCGUGGCCAUUACGCUCUGGCUGUUCAUAUAUCCCGUUGGAUGAAGGCACCGUGUGAUUGGGUUUACUUGGUCUGGGCUCAAAGGUACAUUAAAUCCUCACAUGAGCCAGAGGAAGUGAUGCUCGAUGCAAUCGUCAAUCGUCUUUCAUCUUGCGAAUAUAUUUCUUAUGAGAGUCUGGCAAGAACUGCCUAUGAAGAAGGUCGAAUUGUUCUCUCUACCAAGUUACUCAGUCAUGAACCUCUGGCAAGACAUCAAGUGAUGCUUUUACUAGACAUGAAUGCUUAUGAACAAGCGCUCGAGCGUGCAGUGGAGACAUUCGAUUACAACGUCAUAUUAUAUGUGCUUUUACGUGUUCGACGCCAGGUUUCCAUUGCAGAUUUCUUCCGAAUGCUAAACAAGUAUCCCACAGCAGCAGACGUGUUUAAAUCAUACGCUUCUGUUAAUGAGCGUGACAAACUGCACGACUAUUAUUAUCAGGAUGACGACAAAAAGGGCAUCAUUAAUCUUGCUAUGGAAGACGCUUUUCUGCAAAAGGAAUUUAAUCAGAAGCUUACAAAGCUCAAGGUGGCUUCAAAGCUUUGUCACGAUAAUAAGCUGUUUACUGUUGAGGGAACUUGUCUUGAUGAGCAAAUCCGUCUGUAUCGUCUGGAGGAAGAAUGCGAGAACUUGUAUCAGGAACAAUUUAUCGGGUUGACUGUGAGUGCCUUUGUUUUCAAAUUAAUUGAAAUGAAUCAAGAGCAACGCGCGCUUAAAGUGAAAAGCGAGUUUCAGAUUCCUGAAAAGCGAUUUGCAUGGUUGAAACUUCGGGCACUACUGGCAAUCCGUGACUGGGUGCAAUUAGAGCAAUGGGCGGCCUCCCUCCGCAAAUCACCAAUUGGGUUUAAGGCUUUCUUUUAUGAGAUCUAUGCAGCAGGAAACAAGAAGGAAGCUGCCAAAUACAUUCCUCGGUGCACGGAGGUCUCAGCGGAGGAGCGUGCUGAAAUGUGGAUGCUUGUCGGUGAUGUCAAACACGCAAGUGAAGAAGCUACGAAGGCAAAAAAUACGAAUCUUCUAAAGGACAUGCUUGAUCGGUUGCAGGAAGCGCCUGAAAGUCGAUUUGUUCAACAGGCACUCGGCCAAUUGCGACGGUGACACUUUAAUUAGCGAAACGAUUUCGGAAUAUAGAAUUACCUUAAUGAAACAAAACGAUACACCAAAA